GACCUCAAGCCAGGCUGGACCGGGCCAUCAGAACCAGCAGCUAGCACUCAGCUACCAGGUCAGAGCAGAACCUUCCAGAACCAGUAGAGCCAGGCGAGGAACCAGAACCUGAUGAGACCAGUGACGUUCACUCCAGAACCAGCAGACUGGAAGUUCUGAACACUUCAGUCGGAACCAGUAGGAACCGUUUGGACCUCCUCAGUGACCUGCAGACUGGUUGGUUCUGGUCAGUCAUGAUGGUUCUGUUGAUGCUCCUGGUUCUGAAGGUCCGUUUCCUGCUCUCUUCCCUGUGGUUCUGGUCUGGUUCCUCACUAAAGAACAGCUCCAGCUCCUGGUUCUGACGGAUCUACUCCAGUUUUAUUGGUUUAUUGAUAACUCGUUUGGUUCUGGUCCAGAACGGAUGGACUGGGCAGCUGAUGGUUCUGAGACAGAAGGAGGUCCAGUUCUGACCUGUUUGGUUCUGACUGUGUUCCAGUACUUCUGCAGCCUGCUGGUGAUCUUCUGUGUGGAGCUGGCCUCUGCAGUUUGGACCUACGACGAGCCCUCAGUCCAGCGAGCCGACAUGAUCAGCCUGAAGUCCCGGAUGCCGGACUACAGCCUGCAGCGCUACCAGUGGCUCACACACACCUGGGACAACUUCCAGACACAGUUUCAGUGCUGUGGGGUGAUCUACUUCACCGACUGGCUGGAGAUGACAGAGAUGGAGUUUCCUCCUGACUCCUGCUGCACCAAUCAGUUCCCCGGCUGCGCUGGCCACGCCCACCAGCAUGACCUCAGCGACCUGCACCAGGAAGGCUGCGGUCCAAAGGUCUACCGCUUCAUCCGGGGAACCAAGCCGCUGCAGGUUCUGCGUUUCCUGGGGGUUUCUAUCGGCGUGGCGCAGAUCCUGGCCAUGGCGCUCACCCUCACGCUGCUCUGGGCGCUCUACUACGGCCGCCACCAUCAGCAGCCAGACGCAUACGGAACCCCUGGGCCGCCUGGAGUCUCCGGUUCCGUCGUAGCCACCAACGGAACCAGCGUCGGCCACCGGAUCGGACCCGGAGAGGCCGGGCUGGAGGACCUGGAGCCGCCCGGCGCCGCAGGGAAAGGAUUAUACUGACUCCACCGAACAGAACCACAGAACCGGGAGUGAUCUGGGAGCCGGAACCAGGAUGUAGCCGGAGCCGGAAGCAGCUUGGUGUUCCUGGAGACGGUCUACUGUCAAUGGGCUCCAGAAAACCACAGGAGUCAGACCUGAUCAUGCUGUCAGGAUAAACGGACCAGAACCCGACCCAGAAACUCCUUGCGCUGCUCAGACUGGAUGGUACCGGGACGGAGCUGAACUGUUGCUUCUCUGCCUAAUGGACGCCUGGACCGGUUGGUGUUUGGGUCAGAAUGAUGGAGGCCAGGAAAGGUGAUCAUAAUGGUCUUUAUUGAAUAGAUAAUAAUCACAUGCAUGACAAUAUCCUGUGGAACGGAAAGCUUCAUAUCAUCACAGGCUGGAAGAACCAGAAACGACGAGAUGUUUGAUGUUUCACUGAAUCUAUCCGGCCAACCAGAACCACAGGAUGAAGGCUGGAUCAUCAUCAUCACUUCAUGCUCCGAAACCAGGAAGUGAUGCAAAGAGGUUCCAUCCUCAGCCUGGUCAUCAUCAUCAUCAUCAUCAUCAUCAUCAUCAUCAUCAUCAUCAUCAGGAGUUACUAAAAACAUUAGUAACGACAGAAUGACUCAUAUGGACGGAAAUAUUCCAGCCUGUUUCCUCAGUGGGACGCAGCAUCCAGGCAGGAAGUGAGGAGGACAGUUAGCCCCGCUGCAUCAUGGGCUGUGUAGUUUUUGUAAUGAAACCUGUGGAACAGCUCAGCAUCGUUCUCAAUAAAACUGGAAGAAGCGACAGAUGUGGAAGAUCAGAAUGUUUCUGAGGAAACAUCUGUAAAGUUACAGUUAAUGACAUUAGAAAAGUAAAACUUGCUAAUUAAACAUUAGUUUCAAACUGUAGCAUAUAAAUAAAUAAUGGUGGAAAUAUGA